AUGACCGAUGGCGAAAUCAAAGGAAUGAGACUUGAGGCUGAGCAUAUGUUCUAUCAUGGUUUCGACAACUACAUGAAGCAUGCUUUCCCAGAGGAUGAGCUGAAACCUAUCUUUUGCGGACCAUUGACGCGGGAUCGCGCCAACCCUGCCCACAUUGAGCUUAACGAUGCCCUGGGAAACUAUUCCUUGACUCUGAUCGAUAGCCUCUCCACACUGGCUAUACUGGCGUCAUCGCCGUCGACAAUUGGAAGCAAGAAUAAGGCGAUGACCAAAUUUCAGAAAGGUGUCGGAGCUCUGGUCGAGCAAUAUGGCGAUGGAUCUAGCGGCAAGGCUGGAAAAGGCAAACGUGCAACAGGCUUCGACGUAGACAGCAAGGUUCAGGUGUUUGAAACGGUCAUUCGAGGUGUUGGCGGACUUUUGAGCGCACACCUUUUCGCGGUUGGAGAUCUACCCAUCGAAGGCUACCAUCCAAAGGAUCAAAGCUCCAGCCAGAAUGAUCGCGGCGCAGAGCAGAUGCUUCCGAUCCAGUGGCCAAACGGGUUUGUCUAUGACGGGCAGCUUCUACGGCUUGCCCAGGACCUUGCUCGCCGCACAUUACCAGCGUUUCAUACUACAACCGGUAUCCCAUAUCCCCGAGUCAACCUUCGGCAUGGUGUGCCAUUCUACGUCAAUUCUCCCCUUAACCAGAAUGCCGAGACUGGUCAAUGUCAAGCAACCCAGAAUUCGAAAGCAGAAUUGACCGAGACAUGCAGUGCAGGAGCUGGUAGUUUGGUCUUAGAGUUCGCAACUUUGAGCCGGUUGACAGGCGAUCCGCGUUACGAACAACUUGCAAAACGAGCCUUUUGGUCGGUCUGGGAGAGGAAGAGUAGCAUUGGUCUUGUUGGUGCUGGCAUUGAUGCUGAGUCUGGGCUGUGGUUGAGUGGUUAUACAGGCAUAGGUGCCGGUAUCGACAGCUUCUACGAAUACGCACACAAAGCUAGUGUCCUCCUUUCCGGCUCGCCACUGCCAAGGGACCAAUCUCAUAAUCUGACGGAAGGAACUCCGACCUCAGUACACACGAAACCAGUGCCCGAAGGACAGCAAACAGCUGAAGCAUUCGGUCGUGUCUGGCAGGAAUCGCAUGCUUCCAUCAAACGGCACCUUUACCGCGGAGAUAUGUACAUACACCCUCAUUACGUGCAAGCCGACCUCUACACCGGUGCGUCUCGAGCUUUCUGGCUUGAUAGUCUGAGUGCUUUCUAUCCUGGCUUACUCGCCACGACCGGCGAUCUCGAAGAAGCAACCCAGACGCAUCUUCUCGCCACCGCACUUUGGACUCGCUACUCAGCCUUGCCAGAGAGAUGGUCAACAUCGACCGGUAGCAUCGAAAGUGGCUUGAGCUGGUGGGGAGGGAGACCUGAGUUUAUUGAGUCCACCUAUCAUCUCUAUCGCGCAACUCACGAUCCCUGGUAUCUACAUGUUGGCGAGAUGACUCUUCGAGACAUCAAGAGGCGUUGCUGGACGAAGUGUGGCUGGGCUGGUCUACAGGAUGUACGAAAUGGCGACCUCAGCGAUCGGAUGGAGAGCUUCUUUCUUGGGGAGACGACCAAGUACCUGUUCCUGCUCUUUGAUGAGGAUCAUCCGCUGAACAAGCUUGAUGCACCUUUCGUAUUUAGCACUGAAGGUCAUCCACUAAUCCUUCCCCGUCGGAUCAGUGAAAGAUCUGCGUACUCAAGAAGCCGGCAAACUGGGAUGUACAGUAAAGGUGAUGGCGACGAUUCUCAAGGUGCUCUCACUUGUCCCAUGCCGCCAGCAAUGCUUCCAUUCAGCCUUUCUGCCACAGCUGCCAGGGCUGAUAUUUUCCAUGCUGCGAACCUUGCGCGUCUGCACCUAAUGCCGACACGAGAUAACGUGGAGUCGCCACUCGCUGAGUACUCUCGUGACCACCCAAGCAUAUCUAUAUCGGAUGUACGGUCGCCAUCUAAUUACACAUAUUUUCCGUGGACGUUACCAUUAGAAUUAAUCCCUCACAAUGCUACUUGUUCCAAAAUAACAGCUAAACAUACUUUCGACAUAACGUUUCCCACGGGACCCAACAUGUUGAUGGGUCCUGGCUUCCUUCAGCGCGUUGGCAAUGGGAUUUUAAUCAAUUCCAUGGGCGGUGUGCGACUUGGUAUGAUCCAAGAUGUGCCUUUCGAGACUGACGAUGGUGCAAUCGGCAAAGAAUACAGGGUCCAAGCAAUCAACAACAUUCUUCUAGGCAAGGAUGAACGAAUCUUCAUCGCCAAAGAUACUGCAUCCAAUGUAGUCAACCCUCUAGAUCCGAACUUCACAAGAAUCCGUGACACCUCCAUGCUCGACCUCAUAGUCGACGUUCAACCAUCUGAAGAGGCUGAACCCAAAGGACCCACUAGUGAUCCAGUCGAUAACAACGAAAGCUCAACCUCUGGCUCAGAGCUGGUCCUCGACGCCUCCAUAGCAGCUAAAGCCGAAGUCGCUUCGAACAUGAAACAAGCCUUCAGCUCCCUCCUGCAGCAUGUCGCCUCCUUGAUCGUCGACCCAACUCCGGCCCCUCCUUUACCCAAGCUGAAACACUCUCCACGCGAAUACGUUGCUGCCAUAUUACCCGUAGGCGUUGGACUGGCACCCUUACCAGACGUCGACGAUGCCUUAGGGCCAGACAUUCACGGCGCGCCUCAAGGUGACGUCCCGUGGCACAGCAUCUACGUCACCAACGAGAACUGCAAGAGCAGACUCCCCGCCUCCGUACCAAAGGAACAUCAAGUCAUAGUCAUCAAGCGCGGCGGCUGUAGCUUUGACGAGAAAUUACGCAAUAUACCCAUUUUCGCCCCAUCGAAGAAGUCAUUACAGCUCGUCAUCGUAGUCAGCUACGAAGAUGAGCCAGGCCUACCUUCUGGGUGGCUGAUAAGGCCUUUGCUGGAGAGUCUACAGACAACGGCUAGUGGGCUGCCAAGGCACCAUCCGAUCGCGAUGAUUAUGGUGGGAGGAGGGGACAGGACUUAUGAAAUCUUUGAGAGAGCUGUGGGUUUGGGGAUAAAGAGGAGGUAUUCGGUACAGGCGCAGGGUGUUCCGAUCAGCAAUUUGGUGAUAUUAUGA